AUGGUGAUAAACCAUAGAAAUAAGAUCAAAAUUACUAUCAGUAAGGGUGAUGAUGAAAGCAGUAAUAACGAGCGGCCCGAUCGGUCCGUGGCGGUGAGCUCUGAGGGGGCGCGCGCAGGCCGCGGCGCGGGGCGGCGGGGCGGGGCGGGGCCGGCAGUGCGCGGCCGGGCAAGGGCGACGCCUGGCGGCCGGCCGCGGCGCCGCAGGAGCCGCUCGCUGCCCGCUCUGCCCAUCCCACCGCGGGAUGCGGGGCGCUGCGGUCAGCCCCGCGUGAGACAGCCGGACCUGCUGCGCUUCCCGCAGAGGCAGAAGCCCCUCGAGCCCUCCGUGGAUGAGACUCGCCCACCUCCCCAUGCCCCAGGGAGGCCGGUGGGGAACCCGCAGCUCCCGAGGGCUUGGAGGCGGGGAAGACCUUUCGGGCAGAGAGCGGGGCUUCCCCCCGCACCCUCGGCCACGGGCAUCAAGGCGCCGGUCGAAGAUAUACGUCCAGGCUGUAGAGAUCGUCCCCGGCUGGGAGGAGCCAGCGGCUCCGCCGCUGUAAACAGUGCGGGCACCGCCAGCGCCGCGGCCGAGGAGCCGGCGCGGCGCACGUGUUGCGGGCGGGGGUUGCCCCGCGGCUGCGGGCAGCGGCUGCGGCGGCGCUCGGGACGCGCCGGCUGCGGGGAGUCCCGCGGAGCCGCGGCUUCUCCUGCCCUACGCGCCGGACCCGGAGCCAGUCCCGGUCCCGGCGCCGCCGCGGGACGCGUCGGGGAGCAGCGAGCGGCGGCAGCGCAUCAGGUCGGUACCGCGCCCCUCCGAGCCCCUCCGCGCCCUUCCGCGCACCGCCGCCGCUGCCGCCCUUGCCCCUCUCUUGCAGCGCUCUGCCUGGGGGCUGCUCCGUACCUCGCCCCGUGGCGACCUGGCUCCGACACCCGCCGUGCCGCCGUGGUGGGCCGGGGGGCGGCCCUGCGGUUGGAGAGCUCCGCCGCCUUCCACUCCCUCGUCAUCCGCGACGGAGGGAGGCUGGUGUUCGCCGACCGCCCCCACGGGCCGCCUAUCACCCUGCGGGCCCGCUACAUCCUCAUCCACGACGGCGGGGAGCUGCACAUCGGCUCUGAACGCUGCCCCUAUAGCUCGCGGGCCAUCAUCUCACUGUACGGGCGAGCCACCGAAGGGGCGGCCGUGGAGGGCUUCGGGCAGAAGUUCGUGGGCGUGGGUCGCGGCGGCGUCCUGGAGCUGCACGGCCGUCGGCCCCGCUCCUGGACCCUCCUGGACAAAACCCUGCACCCCGGCGGGCUCCGCCACGGCGCCUACUCCUCCGAGAAGCGAUGGGGCAGCCGCGGGAUCAACCUUCGCGUCCUAGACGCCAGCACGGGGAGGGUGCUGGCAGCGAGACGCUUCGACACCCACCUGCAGCCCGGCGAGGGCCGGCGGCUGCUCGCCUUCCUGGCUCUUCAGGCCCCUGGAAGCGUGGUGGCGGCUGCCGUCGGGGACUCGGCCGCCCGCAGCCUCACGCUGGAGACGCGGCUGCUGCUGCGGGAUCGCCUGGGCAGCAGGUACAUCGCCCGCCUGGGCUACAGGCAGCCCUGGGCUCUGGUCGGAAUCCUUGGCGGGGAUCGGCUUUCCACAGCGGAAGAUAAGCGAGAGUAUCACGGGAACGGGACAACGGGGCUCGCGGUAGCCCAAAGAGAUUUCCUCACCUAUGAUGGCACCCGUUUUACUGUUACUGCUUUCAGUGGAUGGAUAAAAGGGAUACCUCAUAAUGGAUUUAAAGUGGAAGUGUCCAAAGGAAUAAUUCUUCAUUUGGUGGAUGAGGUUACAAGUUGGUUACCCGGUGACCGGAUCGUUGUUGCCAGUACAGAUUAUUCUAUGCAUCAGGCUGAAGAGUUUAAUCUCCUUCCUUGCCCUGAAUGUAAAAGUAAUCAAGUGAAAAUUGAUGGCAGCCCACUUUAUCUUCAUAUUGGAGAAGUCAUAGAUGGCAUUGAUAUGAGGGCAGAGGUUGGUCUUCUGACUAGAAAUGUACUUAUUCAAGGAGAAAUGGAAGACUCUUGUUAUGGACAAAAUCAGUGCCAGUUUUUCUCCUUUGAUACAUUUGGAGGACAUAUUAAAAUCCUAAGAAAUUUUAGCUCUGUUCACAUGUCAGGAGUGGAAUUAAAAAACAUGGGGCAGCAAAUCCUGGGCAGUUACCCUGUGCAUUUUCACUUGGCUGAGGAUGUGGAUGAGAGAGGAGGAUACGAACGCCCAACAUACCUUGAUAACCUGGCUAUCCACCACUGCUUCUCUAGGUGUGUUGCCAUACAUGGAACUCAUGGCCUUCUGGUUAAAGACACUAUUGGCUAUGACACUCUGGGGCACUGUUUCUUCCUCGAAGAUGGGACGGAGCAGCGCAACACGUUUUAUCACAACUUGGGUCUCCUCACGAGGUCAGGGACGAUCUUGCCUUCGGAUCGCAACGAGGCCAUGUGCCUCAGCAUCCGCAGCCACGUCUAUGGGAGUUACGUGCCUGUGCCAAGCACCGACUGCAUGGCUGUCAGCACAUUCUGGAUUGCAAAUCCAAACAACAGCUUAAUAGAGAAUGCAGCAGCUGGUGCUCAGGAUGUUGGGAUUUGGUACAUCUUCCACCGGGUUCCCACCGGACAGUCCGAGGGGCAAUAUCCAGAGGGACAGGCUGAACAUACCCCCUUGGGAGUAUUUUACAACAACAGAGUCCACUCCAAUUUCAAGGCUGGUUUGUUUAUUGGAAAAGGAGUAAAGACAACGAGAGCCAACGCUGAAGAUCCCAGAGAGUAUCUCACUGUCGAUAAUGCCAGAUUUCGCCCUCAUCAAGAUGCUGAUCCUGAAAAGCCACGAGUUCCAGCUGUGAUCGAUGGUCUUAUUGCUUUUAAAAACAAUGACCACGGGGCCUGGGCCAGGGGCGGUGACAUUAUCUUCCGCAACUCAGGGUUUUCAGACAAUGGAAUUGGACUCACUCUGGCAAGUGAUGGGACCUUCCCGACAGAUGAAGGCUCCAGUCUGGAAGUUACACACUCCAUUUUUGUAGGAGAAAGCAGCAACUUUGGCUCUCAGGGAGGCCAAAACAGCUACUGGGGAAAAGGGGCAAAUGGAGAAUACAGAACACUGCCCAGAAACAAGACAUUCCCUAUUCGUGGAUUCCAGAUUUAUGAUGGGCCUGUCAGGAUGGCAAAAUGCACUUUCAAGAAGUUCACCCCUACUGUUGACAGAUACUCAAGUGCCAUCGGAUUCUUCAUGAAAAACUCCUGGCAGAUAAGCCCCCAGAAUAAUGUGUCACAGAUCCUGAUGGAGAAAAGUGUUGGACUCAAAGUGUUUUUUGGCAGAUCGGGACAGUGGUUUGGAGACAAUGAUAAUGAUGGUGACAAAACAUCUAUCUUCCAUGAUCUGGAUGGCUCGGUGACAGGGUAUCCAGACAUUUUCAUAGGCAGAGCAGACAACUACUUGCUGCGUCACCCUGGGUGUCUCACUGUCCCACGCUGGAACGGGCUGAUGUGUACUGGGAAAUUUGCACAGCUUUAUAUUCAGGCCAGACGCCCUGAGAAUCUGACCUUAUCCAUUGCCAGAGCAGCAUACCACUCCCACCCGUUGUGGCUGCAAGGCGUGAACAGAGGAGCACCGUACCAGCAGUACCAGCCUGUCGUCAUGCUCGAGCAGGCUUAUAUCAUCCAGUGGGAUGGCAGAGCACCUGAGGAUGUUAUCCUCUAUCCAAUCAACUUCAACAGAGGAGACUGGCUGCAUGUUGCCCUCUGCUAUCCCAGGGAAGCUGUUUUCCAGGUGGUGUCUGAUAUCUACCAGCGACGGACGGGGACGGUGCACAGUGUAAAGCAUUACCUCGCUGCUCCCUCCCGGGCCAGUGCUCUCAACGGGACCGGCGAGCGCCUCUUCUACUUCGACAGAGCAUCAGGGUACCUCUUUGUUCACCUGCAAGCCCAUGAAGCUCGGAGAGGACACAGUUACUGCUCUCAGCAAGGCUGUGAACGUAUCAAAAUCACAGCACACAUGUACCCAGGGGAGUCAUGGAGUUGUGAACCAAACCCCUUCCCUGAGAGACCAGCAGCUGCCCAGCGCCCCGUGUCCCAGCGCCCAGCUGGGCCCUGCGGAGCCCCACAGCUUGCUAUCACUAGCACACCCUCGGUCAAGUAUGUAAAGGUCCAGAUCCAGUCUCUCAGCAGGGCAGACCCACGAACCCACUUGACAUCUGCAUUCAUUAAGAUAAAUGACACAGUUUUCCUGUUCAAUAGCCGUGGGAUAUUCUUCGUGGUGCUAGAUGCAUGUUCAGGAGCAGUCGUGAGUAGGCGGCACUUUGACACAGUUACUGCUGAAAACGCUUCCAGUGCAAUAACUGAUUAUGUUCAAACAUUUAUAAAAGAGAGAUCACUUGUUCUCGUGUGCUCUAAAGAUUUUGCAGACGUGGUGGGGAGCUCUGAAAUGUCUGUUUUUACCAGGUUAGGUUCAGCAAAGCCUAUUGUCUUCCACAAGGAAGGGAGUUUUGCCAUGCUUGGCUACAAAGGACAAGCCAGACCCUCCUGGAUUAAAGUCCUUAAUCAUGCUGGUUAUCAGAAAGCUGCUUCUCUACAGCAUUAUGUUCCCUUGAAGCUGAAAGAAUAUCAAUGUCCAGCUAAUGCUGACGAGUCGCUAAAGUUUGCUCUUUCUCAGAACCACUGGGAGCACAUCCCUGCAGAGCCUGUGGUGCCCUGGGAUUAGCAUCACUGGGGCAACACCAGCCACUCUCUCCAAAACCUGCUCUUCCUUCUACAGGAUUGUACCAA